GACUGUGCUGAGCGAUUGUUCGACGACGUUCCACCCGGCAAUGAACCACCCGAAGCCCAUGAUCUUCGGGUAGAAGCGUUUGCAAAAGCGAUGGCUCGACAAGAUCGUCAUCAAUUGCAUGUUGACAUUUCUUGGCAAAUGCCACCAAAAAUAAAGAUUCCUUACGUGGGAGUUGCAUGUAAUCAGAAGUUACUCGUAAACGAAUCUCCGACCACUUCGGACGUGGUUCUGCCCUUGUAA